AUGCACGGCAGGGCGGUCUCGUCCAUGUUGAUUGAUGCUUACCUAUGUUCAUCUUAUGUCGCAGUUACCUUCGCCUUCGCCCAUCCUCCGUUCCUCCCAUCGCCCAGCGACCCAGUGGGUUCGCGAGGCUGGCACUCUGCACACCCGGCGGUCGGGUCCAGUGCCAGUGUGACCGGAUCCAACACGACGCCUACACCAUCUUCCAAUAUCAACGUCAACGUCGACAUCAACACCAACAACACCGGACCAUCCUCCUCCUUCAACAAAGUGCGAAUAGCCCACGCCGUGCUGGCGUCCACGGCGUUUCUGGUCUUCUUCCCCCUCGGCGGCAUCUUGAUCCGCGUCUGCAGUCACCAUGUCCACACCAUCUGGAUCCACGCCGCCAUCCAGAGCCUCGCGUAUCUGGUGUUUGCGGCCGCAGCAGGAAUGGGUAUCUGGAUGGCCAGCCAGGCCGAUCGUCAACUACGCCACUACCACCCUGUCAUCGGCUUGCUCCUCCUCGCCCUGCUCGGCCUCCAACCACUGACCCAACUGCUCAACCACCGGCUCUACACGCACUAUCCGCGCACCACCAUCCUUCUGGCCAACACACACCUCUGGCUCGGCCGCGCUCUGCUGACGCUCGGCAUCGUCAACGGCGGUCUGGGGUUUCAGUACGCAUCGACAUUCCCCGGACCACAUCCAGAUCCACAUCCAGAUCCACAUCCAGAUCCACAUCCAGAUCCAGAUCUACCUCCACAUCCACAACCGCAGUGGUCCAGAACGCCCAAGGUCGCCUACGGUGUCAUCGCCGUAAUGGUCUGGAUUGUCUAUGUCGCUGUCGUGGCCGUGUGGGCUGAGCUGCGCAGGGGUCCGAGACAGGGCCGCGUUGGUGAUGAUGAUGGAGGAGCCGGUGCCACUGCCACUGCCGGUGCCGGUGGGUCGGAGCGGCCAGGCUGCAAUUAUACCCUUGGCCCUGGAUAA